AUGACUCCUAAAGAGGUAGUUGACUACCUAAGCGAAUACAUAAUCGGCUAGAAAUAAGCAAAAAGAGCAGUCGCAAUUGCCUACCGAAAUCGUUGGCGUCGUCAAGGUCUUCCCGAAGAUUUAAAAAAGGAAGUAUGUCCAAAAAACAUACUAAUGAUCGGUCCCACAGGAUCUGGUAAAACAGAAAUAGCCCGUCGUUUAGCCUAAUUAACAGACGCCCCAUUUGUAAAAGUAGAAGCUACAAAAUACACUGAGAUCGGUUAUCAUGGGAAAGACGUUGAAUAAAUAAUAUAAGAUCUAGUCCGUACAGCAGUAAGAAACGCGAAAGUUAACCAUAAAAAAUAAGUUGAUUUGGCUCGAAAAGAAAUUGAAGAAAUAGUAAUUAAUUAAUUAGUUGAAAGUUUAUUAGGCCCAAAUUUUUCAAAUGAAUAAAUCAUAAAUAAAAAAAAAGGCGAUAUAAGAAAUGGAGCAAUGAAUGAUCGUAGAAUUACAAUUGAAAUUCCUCCAAAUUUAUACGAAAAAAAUGAUUUUGAUUCAAUUAUGGAAUUUAUUGAUUAUUUAAAGUCCUUUAAACCUGGUUUGAAUCCCAAAAACUUAAUUACUCGUUUAAAAUUAAAAGAUGCUAAAUAAUAACUUCUCCAAACCUACGAAGAAUCCCUUUAUUAAGCCGUAAACUAUGAAAAAAAUGCACUUAAAUAAGUAGAAGAAGAAGGAAUUGUUUUCAUAGAUGAAAUAGAUAAAAUUGCAACUAACGAAAAUACAAUAAAUUCACAAAAAUCGCCCUCUUAAGAUGGUGUAUAGAGAGAUUUAUUACCUUUAAUUGAAGGAACAAUUGUAAAUACUAAAUGGGGAGAUGUCAAAACUGAUCAUAUAUUAUUUAUUGCAGCUGGGUCUUUCAGUAUGAAUAAACCUUCCGAUUUAAUCCCUGAAUUAUUAGGAAGAUUACCUAUUAGAGUGGAACUUUAAUAGUUAAAAAAAAGUGAAUUUUAUAAAAUCCUUAAAUAUCCGAAAUAUAAUGUACUUAUGUAAUAAAAAGAAUUACUUAAAUAAGAAGGAGUUAAUGUUAAUAUCAAAGAUAAUGCAAUUUUAAAAAUGGCUGAAUUAGCUGAAUAAGCAAAUUUGUCCUAUGAAGAUAUUGGAGCUAGAAGAUUACAUGAACUAAUAGAAAAAUGUUUAGAAUAAAUAUCAUUUGAUGCGCCUUAUUUAGAAAAUAAAGACAUUGUUAUUGAUUAAUAAUUUAUAGAAAAAAAACUUAAAUAAUAUAUGGAAAAAGCUGAUUAUAAAAGAUAUUUAAUUUGA